CACCGCGCGCUGAUGGUUGUGUUUCGGUUUCCGUAAAAUCUUUUUAAAACUCCAUUUCGAAAAACAUGCGUUAAAUUGCCGGGAACAGAUAUCACGAGAUGAUAUUUGAUUUCUUCUUAGAGAAUAUAUUUUUAAUAUGAAAGAUUUAUAUAUUCUUCACAACCCAUUCGUUUUUGGGCCGUGUCGCGGGGAUUUUUUGUUUAUGUUCUAAACCCUGUGUGCGAGCAAAACCCUUUUUCGAAAAAAAAACCGCAAAGUGAAGUGCAAAAUUGAGAAGGCAUUGUGCAUAUUGAAACAACAUAUCCGAAAUAUUGAUACUAUUUAAUAUAUUCUGAUCUAAUUCGAUACGAAUGUUUUUCGUGUAAAAUAAUAUACCCCAAUAAAAACCGAAAUUUGCAUAAAAGUCGAUAGAUUGCCGGAAAUUCGUAAGAGGUUCCGGCCCAGCUGAGGAAAAUCAACAAAAAAGAAAAGAACAAGAAACCGAACAGAAAACGGCGCACAGAGGAGAGAUAUCAACGCCAGAUCGUUUACAAUCGAACCAAACCGAAACACUAAUCCGAACCAGACGCGAUGCACAGCAGACAAAAUCGCAACGAAAACCCGACGACAAACUACUCCUAAGGAAGCCCGAAAAUCCAAAAAACAAAACAAAUAAUAAAUAGAUAUAUAAAUAAUAGUAAUACAAAUAACAGAAAAUCAAAACUGAAAGGUAAGGGAAGUAAAUCGAUUUUGAGGGAAAUUCACAAAAAACUCCAGGAUGGCCAUGUUGGAGGCAAGGCCAUAUAGGCCAUUCAAAUCCAGCGAAGAGUAUCUGGAGGCGAUGAAGGAGGAUCUGGCCGAAUGGCUGAGCACACUUUAUCCGGAACUAAGCAUCAAUGCAGAGAAUUUCAUGGAUCGCUUGGACACGGGCGUUGCAUUGUGCAAGCACGCGAAUUAUGUGAGGCAAGCGGCUGAGGAUUAUCUGGCGCGGCGGCAGGCCCGAAACAAAUCGAUGACCCGCUCCAUGACCUCUGGCCUGGCGGGUCCAAUCCUGGCCCUGGGCAACGUCCACUACCUUCCGGCCGCCAAAAGUGGCACCUUCUUCGCUCGCGACAACGUUUCCAACUUCAUAACCUGGUGCAGAAAGAGCCUUAAGAUCAUUGAGUGCCUGCUGUUCGAAACGGACGAUCUAAUCAUGCGCAAAAACGAGAAGCACGUGAUCCUCUGUCUUUUGGAGGUGGCACGUCGGGGCGCCAAGUUCGGAAUGCUGGCUCCCAUGCUGGUGCAGAUGGAGCGACAAAUCGAUCGGGAGAUCGCCGCCGACAUCAAGGCCAAUGGGAUUGGCUCCUCGGAGAGCGGCACCCAAACGGAGGCACUAAACGCCGGAAGUAGUUCGACCACAACGACGACAAUAACGACCACUACUACGGUGGAGACGGAUCUGUACGAUGACAGUGACGAUUCGGAGACGGAGGACGAAGUCGACGAGAAUCCCGUGCUGAUGUACGGCCCUCAGCCGCAGAUCAUCACCAACGAUCUGAAGAGCCUCGAUGAGAUGGUCAGGGACCUGGUGGAGAAGUGCACUUGCCCCUCGCAGUUUCCGAUGGUCCGAGUGUCCGAGGGCAAAUAUCGCAUUGGCGACACCAAAGUUCUCAUCUUUGUGCGGAUCCUUCGUUCCCAUGUGAUGGUUCGUGUUGGCGGUGGCUGGGAUACCUUGUCCCAUUAUCUGGACAAACACGAUCCCUGCCGCUGCCGCGCCCAACAUCGCAGCUCCGUGGCCGCCCGCCUUGUGCCCCGCCAGUCGCCGAAUCACAAUCCCAACAACGGCAUCGAGCUCCACAAGGCACAGGUGAUAUUCGAGAGAUCACCGCCAGCAGCUCGUCGCGUUUUCAACAGCCCCAAUUGCAAUGGAGGAUCCGAAACGGUUGCGGGAAUGGGAUCAGGAUCAGCCGGCGGAGUGGGAUUGUCGGCGGGAUCAGGAGUUGUAAGCGGGGCACCGCCUCCGCCAACCCAGAACGGACACAAUCUGUCGCCCAAUUCGGGGAAGUACCGCAGUCGCAGUCCAACGCCGCAGCGCAAGUUUCUCAAUCAGCAGACAAACGCAGGAGCCAGUUCAUCCGCAACGGGAUGCAACCAGGCAAUCCCCACAGAAUCUUCCAGCGGCGGCCAGUUGCUCGGAUCGCCCAGCUUGGCCAGGAGAUCGAUGUCGCCAAGUCCGCGCCGCCUCAUCGAUAUGCGCAAGAAACAGAGCUCCUUGGAUUCCUACAGCAGUGGCCCGAAAUCGCUGCCCGGCUACAGUUCCUCCAUUGAGGAGGCAAAUGGAGGAGGACCUGCCGGCGGAUCAGCAGCAGCAGGAGGGACCGGAGGUUCGGCGGGCACCGCCGCAGCAGAGCAAGGUGGCGCCAACAAAUUCGAAAAUAUCAGCGACAACGGCAGCGAGAUCAGCGACGAGGGCUACCGCAGCCUGGGGGUCAUCCAAUCAAGUGCCCAGAAACGCGAGUCCCUGCACAGUCAGGCCUCCAUCGAGGAUGCUGAAAGCAAUGCGCGUCUCGAUCAAACCUCCAGUGACUCGCAGAUCUCGCCCUCCGAGGAGCCGGCGGAGAAAACAGCCGUGGAUAUUCUGGAAGAGGAGGAUCUUAACGGCCGGGAGGACCGUGAGGAGGAGCAAGAGGACUACUCCGUGUGCGAUGGCCCGCAAUCCCUGCCAGCGAUUCUCAGCGUGGCCCACAAGCUGAACAAUAAAUUUGAGCAAUCCGGGGUCUUCAUAACCGACGACGAAAUAACCGUGGACAUGGCCAAGACCGGGGAUCAAUCUGUGGCUCCAUCUGCAGCUGGAAUACCAACUGCCAGCCUCAGCAAGAUACCACGCUCUCCGCUGGCGCAACGUCGUCGCAGGAGCAUCGACAAUAGUACAUGUGGUGGGGCCGGCGGAAGUCUGCAGGACUUGAGCAGUCGAUCCGGAUUGCCGGCUCCGGCUUUUAGCCGGAAACAGCCGGUUUACCGAUCCGUGCGAGCGCGCAACUCCGCCGGAGGAGGAGCCCCGCCCCCUCCGGUGGCACCACCCCGAUCACGCCAAGCCACCCAAUUGCCCAUGGUGCGGGAUGUGACAAACACGUGGAGUGGACGAGCCUCAGGGGCUCCAAAGAGGAGGCCUCCCUGCACCGCCGACACUUUUGUGGCGCCCAACAAUGGAUCGGGACCCGUACCCUUUGAGCGAAACAGCAAGGCACGCUCCUCGCAAAUCCUCUACGACAGCAACGGCCGACGGGUGAGGAGCGGAGCACCAGGAUGCACCAGUUCCCUGACCACGUCGCCCGUCAAGAAUCACGCCUCCUCGCCGCUGGCCCAACAGCUUUUGGAGGCGGCAAGCAGCGCAAAGAACGAUGCUCAGAUUCUGGAGAAGAUGAAGUCCCUUCUCUCACGCUAUGCGGCUGGUAAUCAAGCCAAGGGAGCCGCCGGAUCUGGGCCAGCACAGAACAAGAUGAUCAACAGCAAUGGCAAGAAGACACCGGUAUACGAGGACUUCACCACGGCCUGGGUGCACAGCAACGGAAAUCUGGAGCGAUCCGAGAGCUGUUCUCCGCCAGCCAAGGCUCGAUCCAAGCGGAGUUCGGCCGCCAGUUCGUGUGAGAGCAAUAACUCAAAUGCGGGGACCGGAGGAGCUGCCGCUGCAGCUGGAGCAGGAUCCGCCAGUGUGGUGUCGCCCAGGCGGGAAAGGGGCAUGUCCAAGAUCCCGGCCCCAGUGCGCCAUCAUACAGAGCUUUACUAGCAGCGCCGGAGGACGCCAAGCGUCCAGAUCCGUUUCAAAGCCAAGUCGAGGGUUUUCUGAAAAGCCUCCAAGCGAGUGUAAACGCAUUAAGUGCAGUGGAGAGAAGUCUAUUGGGGAUUGGGGGAAGAACAUAGAUAAGAUAGAGUUAAAGCCGAGCUGGAAUUGCCUGCUGCUGCUGCUUCGGAGUGGGUGUGUGCGUGGAGAGCAGAGAAUGGAUGAGGAAUCGGAAGAAGAAUCAGGAAAACCUUUGAACCAUUAAGCCCAAAAGAAGUCCGUUAAGUUAUUAGGAAUCUGAUCGUGAGCCAUACAAAUCUGAAGAACCGUAUUAGAAUCAAAAUGGAAAAUGAUAAUCCUUCCCAGGGGACAGCUAUAGCUAUAGGAAACUCAAAUCAGAAUCAGAAUCAGGAUCGUGGAAAACGUCGAGUGAAGAUAGCAAACUGAAACUGCCUCAAGGACAGACAGGUCAGAAUCCCUAGCAGCCAGAGACCCCUAAGCAUAUCCCUCUUAAAAACAGCUCUCUACUCGUCUAUGAGUAACUCUUUCUUAAGCUCAACUAUAGAGAACCCCCUGUAACCUUUCCCUAUAACCAAUAAAUAUACUACGUUUAUAAGCAAGUUCCGAUUUCCUUAAACUUUAUAUUUCCAAACGAGUCAGUUACAAUUUUUGGGACUUUAUUAAAUAAGUGCAUUUUCAUAUUUCAAUUAACUAAUAAGCAUUUGAUUUGUAUUUAAAAGUAGCAUAUAAACGUAGUUAUUUUACGACCUUAUGGCACCCAGUUAGCUUCAAUCUGUGCUGAUCUAGGGUAAUGAAUAUAAACCAUUUAUACAAUCCAAAUUUGAGACUCGAGUAAAAAUUUUAAAUACAUUUUUUGUCUAGGCCUAGAACAGAAAUUUUAAAUCUACACUAAAGCCACAAGCAAAACAAUAUCGAAUAUAUCUAUUGAAAAACACACACGAUUGCACACAUAUAGAGGAAGCCAGACAUAGUUUUCUAGAAAUUUUUAAAGUAAAGCCAGCAAAUUCUUCAGAUAUGAUUCGUAGCGAAGCAAAAAAUAUUUAUUUUUGUACGCUUGAUCGAGGAACUGGGCGGAGAUCGUGGGAUCUGGGAAGAAGAAUAGCUUUUAGACGACUCGAAUUUUGCAGUUUAGCUAUAUAUAUAUACAAGGAAUGUGUAGACUCGGUUAGGGAUAUAGCAAGCAUAGGUAGGAAAUGAAGCGACCGCCCAAGCAAACAGCUCCGAUAAGUGGGUGCUCCUUGGUCUGGGAAUGCGAAAAUCACGCUCUUCAAAGCUACAAACCUUCAACACCACCAAAAAUACACACACACACCACAGGGAAUAGAAAGAAGAAGUUUAGUUCGAAUUUAAUCAGACGAAUAAUAAUUGAAAUUCGAAAGCUACUUCCCUAGCAUACUUAUAUGAAACAUACAAAAUAGACACAAAACAAGAGAAACGGUCACAAAAAAUAAAUAACUGAGAAACUAUAGCUUUUGACGCGACAAAAAGGGUAUCGUUAAAAAAUUAACGUCAUCUUAGAUUGAACGAACGAACCAUAGCAUAAUUUUCAGAACCCUUACAACAUCUACAACUAUUAAGAUAUAUCUUGUAUGAUUAUUAUUCUUUUUUUUUUCAUUAGCUUUAGCAGUGUUAACAUAUAGUUUAUUACAUCGUACCUAUAAUCAUAACUAUAUAGAUUGUAAAUUGUGUUUGUCUAAUUGCCCCCAUGUUGUAUAGUUCUUAUGUACUCGUAAAAUCGGCCUUAAUAUUCACUCUGUCGAUACCUUAUAUCAGUUUACUAUAUUUUUUUCUUGUGUAUAAUUUCUAUAUUGAAUUUAAGUUGCGUUUUUCAGCUUUUUAUUGUGCACCAAAUGAUACCAAUUUAUGUGAAGAUUCGAAGGGCGAAUAAGAUCGCAAAAUAAUUAAUGAUUAAUUGUUUAACAAUUAAAUUGUUUCAAGACACACACACACACACACAUACAUAGACAAAGAACACACAUACACACAUGCACACCUGACCCGUGGUGUAAUUACAAUUAUAGAAAAUUAAGUAACUUGGCCGAUUUGCAUGCCAAAUAAUUGAUAGAAAAUCAAUUGAAGGAGAUUGCAUCACGGGUUCUCGAGCGCUGGCCAUGAUGAACAUCACAUUGCAUCGCAUAUAAUAUGUAUGUAUUCGGAUAUAUAUAUCGCAAAACAUAUAAAGUGUAUUUUAAAUACAACUUAAGUGUAAUAAUCAAUUCAUUUCAAAAGCAAACUAACUAUUACAAAUGGAAUAGAUUAGACCGCAAGGGUGUACUCUAAGCAAACCAGCAGCAUAAUUGAUUU